AUGGACGACGAGGGCGAGAACGAGUUCGUCGUGGAACAGGUCAACGACGUCGUCAAGAACGCCAUCACCAAGACCCUUGGAGGGUCGCAGUACAGCAAGGAACGGGUUACUCCGUGGACAAACCAGAUCAUUGACGAGUGUUUGAAGGAGCUUGCAAAGCUGAACAAGCCUUUCAAGUACGUUGUUACCUGCAUCAUCAUGCAAAAGAGCGGUGCGCCACUUCACACUGGCAUUGCUCUGCACUGGGACACGAAGACGGAUGGAACUUCGUGCGUACAAGUGGGGACAGACACGAUGGAUUGCAUCACGACCGUGUGUGCAUGA